AUGGUGAGGCCAAGGUGCUACUUGGACAUAACCAUAGGAGGAGAGCUUGAAGGAAGAAUAGUAGUGGAGCUCUACAAUGACAUUGUGCCCAGAACAGCUGAGAAUUUCAGAGCUCUUUGUACUGGUGAGAUGGGUAUUGGCCCCAACACCAAUGUUCCUCUUCACUACAAGGGUGGUUGUUUCCACCGCAUUAUCAAAGGUUUUAUGAUACAAGGUGGGGACAUUUCGGCUGGAAAUGGCAAAGGAGGAGAGUCCAUUUACGGUUUGAAGUUUGAAGAUGAAAACUUUGAUAUAAAGCAUGAGAGAAAAGGAAUGUUGUCCAUGGCCAAUUUAGGCCCUGACACCAAUGGCUCUCAGUUUUUUAUCACAACCACUCGGACUUGUCAUCUUGAUGGUAAGCAUGUUGUGUUUGGGAGGGUGAUCAAAGGCAUGGGUGUGGUUCGUUCCAUUGAGCAUGUGACCACUAAAGACGAUCACUUUCCUACCCAACAAGUUGUUAUUGCGGAUUGUGGGCAACUUCCUGAGGGUGCAGAUGAUGGGCUGUGUAACAUCUUCAAAGAUGGUGAUGUCUAUCCUGAUUGGCCUGCUGACCUUGAUGCAAAACCAGAGGCAAUUUCUUGGUGGGUCAUGGCCGUGGACUCUAUUAAGGCCCUUGGAAAUGAGCAGUUCAAGAAACAAGACUUUAAGAUGGCCCUCAGAAAGUAUCGCAAGGCUUUGCGCUACUUGGAUGUAUGCUGGGAGCUGGAAGAUAUCGAUGAAGAGACAAGCUCCUCUUUGCGGAAGACAAAGUCUCAGAUAUUUACUAAUAGCUCAGCUUGUAGACUGAAAUUAGGAGACCUAGAUGGAGCAUUGUUGGACUCAGACUUUGCAUUGCGUGAUUGGGAAGCCAAUGUGAAGGCUUUGUUUCGCCAAGGCCAGGCCUAUAUGGCACUUAAUGACAUCGACUCUGGAGUUGAAAGCUUCAAGAAGGCCCUGGAAUUGGAACCAAAUGAUGGAGGAAUUAAGAAGGAGCUUCUGGUUGCUAAAAGGAAGGUUAGUGAACUUUAUGCGUUGCUGAUAGGUCUGAGCAAGAAAAGAAAUCAUAUUCUAGAAUGUUUCAUUGAUGAAGGCAGUCAUGAGGCUGCACAUGGUAUGGAUGAUUUUGGAUCCCUUUGGCACUUUCUAAGUUCCAUAGCCAACUGGUUAAAGUGA